CUGCCUAAUUCUCCCCCCCAACUUCCCUCGCUCGCGAAAUAUGUUCUGCACGCGUGCGCAAUGUCACAUAGACCCGGAUGUAAUUGUCGUUAGCGGCGCGAGUCGUGGUUUCGGACCCUGGAUAUUUGAAGUCUCUCUGGCGGCGGCUUACUUCGCCUGGUCUGCCCUGCGCCGCGCUCCAGGGUGGAAGCGGGAGUUCGCCGUCAUGACCUCCGCUCUAGAGAACUACAUUAACCGUACUGUUGCAGUAAUUACUUCCGAUGGUCGAAUGAUUGUGGGAACUCUUAAAGGCUUUGAUCAGACCAUUAACUUGAUUUUGGAUGAAAGUCAUGAAAGAGUCUUUAGUUCUUCACAAGGAGUGGAACAAGUAGUAUUAGGAUUGUACAUUGUAAGAGGAGAUAAUGUAGCUGUAAUUGGAGAGAUUGAUGAAGAGACAGACUCUGCACUUGACUUGGGGAAUAUUCGAGCAGAACCUUUGAACUCUGUUGUACAUUGAAGAAAAAGACCAGUACAAAAGGACUUCAUAAAUCUCAGCCUGUACAGAACUAUUUAUAGGAUGGCGUGGCUACUUUUUACAGGUUUUAUGUAAUGACCUAGUUUAUUAUUUUGAAUGUUAUGGUUUGAUCUGUAAAUUAAAGGUUUACAUUUUA